AUGACACCCUCUCAACCUCUCCAAGCAAAGUACUUGCAAGAAGACGACAUCUCCCAAAAAUGCCGAGACCUCCUUCCCUUGCUUCCUCGCGAAAAGGGCUGGAUCACCACCUCUAUCUACCAGUACCAAGGCUUCUGGUAUCCCCCAAAGGUCUUGAGCGGCCUCCUUGCUUGCCAAGACCACUUCCAAGCCCAUGACACCGACGUCCUCCUCAUCACUGCCCCCAAGUCUGGGACCACUUGGUUGAAGGCCAUCCUCUUCUGUCUCUUGAACCGGGCUGAGUUCUCAGGCUCGAUGCAACACCAUUCUCUCCUCACCCAAAGCCCUCACAACCUCGUGCCCUUCUUAGAGAACGGGCUCUACUUCGGGCAAGAGAUCCCCAACCUUGCCUCCUUCGCGUCCCCAAGGCUCUUUGCCUCCCACUUGCCCUACCAUUUGCUCCCGACGUCAGUCAAGGACUCUGGGUGCAAGUUAGUGUACCUGUGCAGGAACCCUAAGGACACCUUCGUCUCAUUCUGGCACUUCGCCAACAAGAUGAGGUCCAAAGCAACAGGUGAGAUGCCACUCGGAGAGUGCCUCGACGCUUUCUGCCGAGGCGCAUACCCGUUUGGACCCUACUGGGACCACGCGCAGGGGUACUACAAGGCAAGCUCCGAGAUGCCGGAGAGGGUUUUCUUCUUGAGGUACGAGGAGAUGAAAGAGGAUCCACAUGUUCACGUCAAGAGACUUGCCGACUUCUUGGGGUGUCCGUUAGGCAAACAAGAGCUGAUGGACGGCACCGUGGAUGGAAUACUACGGAUGUGCAGCUUCGAUAGUUUGAGCGCGUUGGAGGUGAACAAGAGCGGGAAGUUGUCGACUGAAGUGGAGACCGAGUGGUUCUUCAGGAAAGGCGAGGUCGGAGAUUGGCUGAAUCACAUGAGUAUCGAGAUGGGGGAGAGAAUUGAUCGUGUCACGCAAGAGAAUAUGCAUGGUUCAGUGUUGAAGCUUUGA